GGAAACAUCAAGAAAAAGCAUUAUAAAUGAUGGCAGAUCACGGUGCCCCAUGUGAUGGGCAGGAGGCCACCUAUUGCAUGAAUAGUGGGACAUGCUACAAAAUACCUUCUAUGAAUACACUCUCCUGUGUGUGCAAUGAAGAUUACAAAGGCAGCAGAUGUGAGCAGUUUCAGCUCCCGAGCAAGUUCAGCAACGCAGGGGAGGCAGGGUUAAUUGCAGCCGUGGUCAUUGUUGCCCUCCUCAUCUUAGUGGUGCUGGCAGUUGUUAUCUACUAUGUACGCAGGAUGUUGAAAGCCAAGCAACAGAGCCAACAGAGCAACCAGCAGCUGUACUGGAGAGUAAAACCAAGAGUAUAACCUCUCUUGUGGUGUACAUUUUGUUUUCUCUUUUGGUUCUGUGUUGGAUGGGAUGAUGAAAUAAUUAUAUGAUGACUAUGAAAGACCAAAUAGAUGGGAGGAAAACUGCUGCGCUGACUUUAACUAAAGUCAAGGCAGGUGAAGAGCUGACAGCUGAUUAAUCGUUUCAUGAGAUUUAUGGAUUCCAUGCAGUUUGCUACAGAAAGGUGUAAUUCAUUAGCGCGCGCACACGCACACACACGCACGCAUGCACGCACGCACGCACACGCGCACACACACACACACACACACACACAUAGAAACAGGGUGUGAAACAAGUGUGAGUGGGAGAGAGUUGAAUCACACCUUGCACAGUUGCCUUUUUAACACAUCUAAGAAGUUGGCACUGUUGUUACUCAUGUUAAAACACAUUUCAAUCUAUGUGCUUUGCUCUGGAUUUACAAAGCAUAGUUGGACUAUGUAAAAACUAUUUUGUGAAAUACUAUUCAAAAUACUGAAUAGUAAAGAAUUAUAAAACAACCCCUUGUAUAAAUGAAUGAAUAUGCUCAAUAUGCCAUUAGUAAAUAUUUUGUAAUUGUGUAAAUAUAUGCAAUGAUCCCUACUGAAUCAUUUGACUGUGUGAUUUCUUGUGGGAGACUACACACACAUACACACACGUUUGCAUUUGUAUUCUUGAGAGGUUCCUGAAUGACCAGUCAUUCCUUAGCCUCUAAACUAAACCAUCAUCACUUCAUUCCUAACCUCAGCCUGUAGCCUGUUCUUAAUCUUAUCCGAAAUCUAAUCUUGACCCUAAACCAUAAUUACCCCUUGAAGAAGUCAGGACUGUUCAGAAUGACCUCACGUUUUAAACAUGUCUUCACUCUGCGGUUCUAAAACACACUGGCCUCUCACAAAGCUGGACAUGCAGGAACACACACUCUCUCUCACACACACACACACACACACACACACACACACACACACACACACACACACACACACACACACACAGCAAACUUAGAAAUACACUGUGUGUGGGAGUCUGUAUAAUUAGCUUAUCCCAAGCCAUUCAUCAGUCCCCUUAAAUCUAAAAACAGGGGCACAGGAGAUCCCAGGAGUUUUCUAAUGAGAAUGGUGGCAUCAAGUCUGCUUCAGUUCAGCUAGCUUAGAAGAGGAAUUAAAACUCGUUGGACUGCAUUGCCAAUAGUUUGCUAGUCUUUCUGUUUUGAGGGACUUCCAGUAUUCUCACACAGUUGCAGCCAACUGUGGAGGAAAAACAAACUAAACUCUGGACAGCUGACAGCUUAGUUACUCCCGAACAUUCUUGUCACCAUCAAGGCAGUAAAUUCUGGAAAUGUUCUUGUUUUGUCAAAUUCAAAGACGAACUCAAGAUUGUACUUGUCGCUGAAGUCACUUUUAACAAAGGCAUUGUAUAAAAGUGAUUAUGAAAGCUGGCACAGCAGUGAGUACAUUGUAAAAAUGUCAUCUUAUAUUUUUGUUUUGAUUAUUGACAGUGCAACAGCAUUACAUCAACACAAAGCAGGGUUUUUCCAAAAGCAUGUCAAGAUGCUAUGAGGAAAUAUCUAGGCAGGGUGGGCCCUAAAAGGUCACUGCAUGUGACGUACAAACUUUGAAGCUGUAGCAUGCUGCUUUAAAUAGCACCCAAUUCUUUCCACUGUGUAUGAAAUGUAUUUGUAAGUCUAAAUAUUUUAAAAAGGUACGGGAGUGUUCUGUUAGCGUUUAAUGGAAGAGCUGCAUUCCUUCUGUAUAAAGCCAAUAAACUGAUAUCACAGGUCA